AUGAGAAGGACAUCUCACGUGUUAUUCAACACUUUCAACCAGGAUUUUGGCUGUUUUGUAUGUGGUCUGGAUGACGGUUUCCGGAUUUAUAACACCGAUCCCUUGAAACAAAACUUUAACGAAAAACUGAAUGGUGGUAUUGGAGCAGUGGAGAUGUUAUUUCGUUGCAAUUAUGUAGCACUUGUUGGCGGCGGUGUAACACCUGCUUUUUCGACAAAUAAAGUGGUAAUUUGGGAUAUUAUUAAUCACAGAGAAGUGGUUCAGUUAGAAAUGAAUAGUGAUGUACGAGCAGUACGUUUACGUCGUGAUCGUAUUGUAGUAGUCCUCGACACAUCUGUUCACAUUUUCAGUUUUACAGACAAACCUGAAAAAUUGCAAGUCUAUGAUUCAAGCAGAAAUCCACGUGGAAUAUGUUGUUUAUGUCCAGCAUCGGAAAAUUCUCUUCUUGCUUUCCCUGCGCCUUCUUCAUCAUCGGCAGUUUGCUGUUUAACGUUGGCCGAACCAGAUGCUCCACCCAGAAUAAUUAAUGCCCAUCAAAGACCACUAUCUGCUAUUGCACUUAAUCUUACUGGAGAACAAAUAGCGACAUCUUCUGAAAAAGGCACCAUAAUAAGAAUUUUUGACACCAAAACUUGUCUUCUGUUGAAAGAACUAAGGCGUGGGACGAAUCCUGCUUCUAUAUUUUGCGCGCUAAGGAAGCUGAGUUUUUCUGGUGAAGUUAGCGUCUCACGUUUUCGAUUACCUUUUCCAUUUAAAAACAAGGAUUCCAGCAUAUGCGCUUUUGGGCCACAGCCUGACUCUGUUAUUGUAACUACUGACGCUAAUGUAUUCCGUGAAAUACGUUUGAUGUUGAAGAAUGCUAUCGUUCAUCACGUACCAUUACAUUUUGUACCGAUACCUCUUAUAGUACCUUGCGAAUGA